CCUUUUUUUUUUUUGUCUUUCUGAGAUGUUUUUCUCAACGCUUUUUGCCAUCUUUGCUGGCGUUCUGGCGUGGUUUGGCUACGAGCUGCGCCCUGUCGAAACCAAGCUGAAGGAUCCAGUGUGGAUGCGCGCAGACUAUGAAGCUCGCAAGCAGGCGCUCAUCAAGACCAUUGCAGCGCGUACUGCAGACUCUGUCCUCGCGAUUGGCGGCAAGAAGACCACAAACCUCUUCCGCUUCCGAAAGCAGCCCAAGAAGGCCACUCGCCUCGACGUCAGCUCGUUCAACAACGUCAUCCAUGUUGAUCAGGAGAAGAUGAUUGUUGAGGUUGAAGGAAUGACCACCUACGAGCGUCUGGUAGAUGCCACACUUGCUGCUGGCGUCAUGCCGACCGUUGUGCCCGAGCUGAAGAGCAUCACCAUCGGCGGUGCCAUCAGCGGCAUUGGCGUGGAAUCAUCGUCGUACAAGUAUGGGUUUGUCCACGAGACGGUCUUGGAGAUGGAGAUUCUUCUGUGCAACGGAACCGUCGCCGUUUGCUCGCGAGAGCAGAACAGCGAUUUGUUCUUUGGCAUGGCCAACAGCUACGGCACUCUCGGCUAUGUGCUGAAGGUCAAGGUCAAGGUGGUGCCAGUCAAAAAGUACGUUCAGGUGCGCCACAUUCGCUUCAACAACAUGAAGGACUACUUUGCGGCCGUCGAGGAGCACUGCAAGACGAAUCGUCCGGACUUUGUCGACGGCGCCAUCUUCAACCCCACGGAAAUGUACUUGUCCCUGGCCACCUUCUGCGAUGAGCUUCCCCACGAUGUCAAAAAGCCUUCCGACUACUCGUGGAUGGGCAUCUACUACCGCUCGCUGCAAAACAAGUCUGUCGACUAUCUGACCAACAAGAUGUACAUUUGGCGCUGGGAUUAUGACUGGUUCUGGAACAGCAAGUACUUCCACAUGCAGCACCCCGUUCUUCGCUUCCUCUUUGGCCGCUGGGUUUUGCGCUCGACGAUUUUCAUGAAGGUCUUCCGCGCCUUCCACCGCAGUGGUCUGUACGAUAGCAAGCGCCGCGAGCUCGUCAUCCAGGAUGUCGAAAUUCCGAUUCAGAACUGCGUGUCCUUCAUGGAAUUCUUCAACAAGGAGGUUGGCCUGCCGAAUGAUUUUUACCCUGUUUGGAUUUGCCCCGUCCGCACUUACGAUCAAAGUGUUGUGUACCCUCUGUACAAGAUCCACCCCACCGAUCUGUAUGUCAACUUUGGUUUCUGGGAUGGCGUUGCGGUUCGUGACAACCAGCCUGGUUUGAUCAACAAGAUGAUUGAGAACUCUGUUCGCGAUCUGAAGGGCAAAAAGUCUCUGUACUCGUCGGGUCAUUACGAGGAGACAGAGUUCUGGCAAGAGUACAACCGCCCCGCGUACGACGCGCUGCGCACAAAGUACCACGCCACUUCUCUUCUGGACUUGUACCAAAAGUGCGUCGCUGCCAACUAACCACUGGCAAUUCCAAGGGGCAACAACAGCACGCUCCCUCGAUUGCUGUUGUCUCACGUUUGUGAUGGUUUUGCGUGUGUUUUCCCAAUAUCCCAAUAUAAUGCAUUCCAUUCACAGCCAUG